ACUCGGAAUGCUGCUUCAUUUAUACAAUACUCGGAAUGCUGCUUCAUUUAUACAAUACUCGGAAUGCUGCUUCAUUUAUACAAUACUCGGAAUGCUGCUUCAUUUAUGCAAUACUCGGAAUGCUGCUUCAUUUAUACAAUACUCGGAAUGCUGCUUCAUUUAUGCAAUACUCGGAAUGCUUCUUCAUUUAUACAAUACUCGGAAUGCUGCUUCAUUUAUACAAUACUCGGAAUGCUGCUUCAUUUAUGCAAUACUCGGAAUGCUGCUUCAUUUAUGCAAUACUCGGAAUGCUUCUUCAUUUAUACAAUACUCGGAAUGCUACUUCAUUUAUGCAAUAAUUGAAAGUACUGCAUAGAUCAAAUGGCCUUAGCCUCGGUAUUGCAAAGGGUUUUUACUACAGUCGCAUAUUUGUGAAGUGCUGCAUAACUCGUUGCAUGGUCCUCAUAUCCGGUGGUCUAGGUGGCUGCCCAGGAGGCCCAGGAGGUACAGUAGUAGCCGGGAGGUCCAGGUGGUCCUCGAGGCGGGCCGCGCGCCGCAGCUGUGUUGACGCGGCGCCCCUCGUGACGCAGCUGUAUCAGGGAGCCUUCAGCUCCGUCGCGCCCUCGUGUCGGGGACAUGUAGUUUUUACGUGCAGAAGGCGGAAGCACGUUGGAGGCGCUCCGUGGGAGUAAAACUACACUUCCCUCGCAGCUCCUCGGAGGUGUUGGUUGUCAACAUGGCUGUUGUCACACAGACAAAGCGCAGGGGCCAAUGAUUCGCUCGUGAUAGACAUCCUUGGGAAGGGGUCGGACGGGGCGCUGUAGCCGUGCUGCGUUGUUGUUCGGCCGCAGUGGGUCUCUACGCAAAUUGCCAAAGUUAAAUGGUUAACCUGACGAUUUAAAGCGAGCAGGAUGUCUGAGUUCAGCGAGGAGCCGCGCUUCACCAUCGAGCAGAUAGAUCUGCUGCAGCGGCUCCGGCGCAGCGGCAUGAGCAAGCCGGAGAUCCUGCAGGCGCUCGACACUCUGGACCGGCUGGACCGGGAGCACGGCGACAAGUUCGGCCGCCGCACCUCCUCCUCCUCCUCCUCCUCGUCCUGCUACGGAGUAGGCGGCGCCAACGGUUGCGCCAACAACUCCGCCUCCAACGCCAACAAUAGCAAUACUGCCUCGGCGGCGCCCACCGCCUCCAGCUCCUCGGUGACGUGCAACGGAGGCGAGGCCGCAGCCGGCGACCACUCGGCAGCGGCCUCGUCCUCCACCACGUCCAAAAUCUCCACCUCUACACAGACGCAGUUCGGUAGGGAAGGCGGGCUCUCGCCGUCACCCAGCAACAGUUACGACACCUCCCCGCCUCCAGGCCCACCGCCGCCGUCUGCCAUCCUGUCCUCCCCGGUGUCUCUGGUGGCCCUGUCUCAGAACGGUCGGGACAGCCUGGCGGCCACGCCCAACGGGAAGCUGUCUCCGCCCAGGUACCCGGUGAACAGCGCGGCGGCAGCACGGGCGUUCGGGUUCGAGGCCGCAGAGGAGGACCUGGACGUCGACGACAAGGUGGAGGAGCUGAUGAGGAGGGACAGCAGCCUGGUGAAGGAGGAGAUCAAGGCGUUCCUGGGGAACAGGAGGAUCUCUCAGGCCGUGGUGGCACAAGUCACCGGCAUUAGCCAGAGCCGGAUCUCCCACUGGCUGCUGCAGCACGGCUCCGACCUGAGUGAGCAGAAGAAGAGGGCUUUCUACCGCUGGUACACGCUGGAGAAGACCACGCCAGGUGCCACUCUGAACAUGCGGCCGGCUCCGUUACCUCUGGAGGAAAUGGAGUGGAGGCAGACCCCGCCCCCCAUCACCACGGCGCCCGGGACCUUCCGGCUGCGUCGGGGGAGUCGCUUCACUUGGAGAAAGGAGUGCCUGGCCGUGAUGGAGAGCUACUUCAACGACAACCAGUACCCAGAUGAGGCCAAACGGGAGGAGAUCGCCAACGCCUGCAACGCUGUCAUUCAGAAGCCAGGGAAGAAGCUGUCAGAUCUGGAGCGGGUUACCUCCCUGAAAGUUUACAACUGGUUCGCCAACCGCCGCAAAGAGAUCAAGAGACGCGCCAACAUUGAAGCCACAAUCCUGGAGAGUCACGGGAUCGACGUCCAGAGUCCUGGGGGACACUCAAACAGCGACGACAUCGACGGGAACGACUUCUCAGAGCAGGCAUGUGACCUGCCCUAUUUUGACAAGAGGCCUCUCAGUCGACCUUUCGGCCUGUACAGACUGGAGCCCACCUCGCCAACCCAGGAGGACAGCGCGGCGCACAGCGAGCACCAGGACCCCAUCUCUCUGGCCGUGGAGAUGGCCGCUGUCAACCACACCAUCCUGGCCCUGUCCAGGACCGGGGGGGUCCCCAACGACAUCAAGACCGAGUCCCUGGAGGACGAAUGAGAUGCGCGAAGGAGAGCGAGAGCCUGAAACGAUGCUACUUAGUAAACCUGUUAAUCCUUCCCUCAGCUGUUCUUCUCUCUGGGCUUCCCUCCUCCACUCCUCUCCAACCGCCAUGCCCCCCCCCCCCCCCGAAUAUACUGGCGACAAGGGUCACUGCGGAAUACACUGGUCACAGCAUACCUGGAUACCUCUUCUUAGUUCAACGCUACCUACGUACCCCUUUGCAUUGUGGAGGCGCUGCUGUUGGAUGAAAGCCUCCAUAAAGAAGUAGCCUUAAACCUUCGAGGCUGGCCUUAACAACUGCACCUUUUACGUUUUUGCAGUACAGCAGGUUUCCGAAUGUUCUUUUCUCUCCCGGACGACGACAAUAACAAGAGACCUAAGUGUGCAUCAUUCAAACGAGUCUAAUCCGACAUCGUCAAGGUUUCUAUCCAGCAGCAGCAGUGGUUUGUCAGCCCAGAGGGCGACUGGAUAACAAUCAUCUUGCCUUGGUGUUUAGCUCCUGGGGACACAUGGAGUCCUCCGGGGGCAAUGUGAUAAUCAAGCAAACUCCCGCGCGGUGUUUUUAAAUGUCAUCCAUGCCAAAGGAAAAGCUGCUCUGAGCGGAGACGCUGCUCUGUGUUCGUCCAAAGCGGUUCUACUUCCUGUGCCGGCGAGGACAGGUAUUAGCAACCACAGGUGUGAUGAUGAAAUGCCCCUCAGCUACGUACUACUCGUUCUGUGAUGCUGCCUCUCUACGGUCGCAUAAAAUGUGGGUGGUAUUAAAUUAGACUAAAUCCACACUGGAAGUCUUUGACAAUAUCCGAUAUCUUCUGAGAUUUCCCACUUUUUAUUUAAUCUAUAUAACCUCAAAGGUAAAAGCUCAAAGACAUUUAACCUUGCAAUAUUGGAAGUCAUUAACUUUUUAUUUUCUCCCCAAAUGGAACUUUUCCCAAAUCACCUUUGACAAGAGAAGAAUUAAACUGCCAGACAGUUAGCUUAGCUGAGGUUAGCCUGACCCACCCAAAGCUUCCCAAUUAACCCUCUACGUUUCGUCUACUUAAAGCCAUACAAAACUGAUGAAACUGAGGAGUUUGUUUUUUUUUUCUCAAAAAGUUGUGUGCUUAAACCAUUUUCUUUGCCGGGGCGAAGUGACAUUCUUCACCCUCAUUUUAUACUUGUAAAGAUGAUAUAACGUGUUAAUUAGUGAAGAUUGGAAUGAGCUAGUUGAAAGAAUCCAGCGCCGGGCUUGUUAUGCUAAGCUAACUGUCACACAGGCAUGAAGGGAAAUACCUGGCUCUAAAGGGAACCUCUGCCAUAGUAGCUUUGGACAACGUUCCAGAAAGCAGGUCUCGUUGGACCAGUGGGACGGAGGGACUGAGGUCCUGCAUGUAGACCAGCUCCCAGGGGCCCAAGUCUAGCACUUCAAUCACAGCGAGUGUCAAAAAGAAACCAUUGGAAGGUAAAAACAUGUAUUUAUGCUCACUUUUUAAUGGUAAUGUACAAAAAAGAAUGACAUUUGUUUUACAUGAAAUGUGCUUUUUGUUGUUGAAUGAAUCAUGCUUAUAAUUUCUCCUCCGUGUGUGGCAGCCCUUGUAUGACGUCAGUGAAAUAAGAAAACCUUUGUCAGAGGUGGUGAGCGGUUUUGUGAAAGAUGAUGCACCUUAUUUAGAAUAAGAAUUGCUGUUGACAAAGUUUAAAAUGUCAAACUCCAUAAGGGAGAGUACAAAUCCAUUUAGACUGAAUACUAAAGUCCUGCAUACGAUACUUAACAUUACCGAUAGUUCAGUCCAGAGAACAUAGGAAGAGCGACUCAGUACUGCAUGAAGCGGGCCUGCUCAAUUGGGACGGAGUAGCGUGUCGCUGCAGGACGGAGCAGGCUGUACCCAGCAUGCCGUUGGGCAUGUCAGUGUUUUUCAGUUCUAUACUUGAGACGCAAACCCCUUUUCCUCUGGAGUUUGGUGUGACCACACACACAAUAAUGCGUGUUAGACGCGGUUCUACAGAACCCUCAAGGUGCUUCACUAGAACCUGACGUAGUGAAACGUGUCCUCUGUCCCAAUAGCUCUGAGAGAGGACUUGAUGCUGCUGCGUCUCAAAUCUAAGUUCAAAGUUACUGUAUUUCCCAUUUCACAAUUUAGUGCCUUUUUUGGACAGUAGACUGUUCUGUAAUUAAGAUGUAGUAUAUAUAUACAUUUUUUGUACAGUUUCUUUGUUCAUUUUUUUUAACUUGUGUUUAUUUUAGUAUGAUAUAUAAUGUACAAGAGAAUAAAAUAUGAAUCUAUCAGUGA